UUUUGCAGCUUCCUGCUGCCUGUUGGUUGUUGCCUUGUCGCGUUGUUGUUGCUGCCUGCGCUGACUGGACUACGACCAGGUCGCGAAUUUUGAAAUCGCUCAUUUCACGCUGUCAUUAAACUAGAACUAGAUAAAAAGAAGAAUUAUAAAAACGUUGCAUUGAAUGCAUGCCAUAUAACGAAUCUCGAUCACGUUCGUUUUCCUUUUGUAUGUGCGCCAGUCAAGAUGAGUGGCAGCACCAGUACCAACAACAGCAUCAGCAGCAACAACAACAACAACAUCAGCAGCAAUAACGAAGUUCCAGAGGAUUGCUCAUUGUUUAAGUUCUACAUGGAAAAGUGUUAUGUGCUGCCGUCGGAGCUUAAGAAUGACAUUAUCUAUUGCCAGCGUGCAUUGCGCGAUUUCCUCAAAGUGCACGGGCUGGUGUCCGAUGUGUUUAAGGAGCAGGCCGAUGCGGAUCCAGUACAGAUGCAGCGCAUACUGGAUGAACUGGAGGCGGAGGUGUACGAGAUCAAUGCAGAGCAGCAGUAUUUGAUGUUGCGCCUAGACGAAGACUUGGACUUAUUUUACAAGAAGCUGGAGGAAAACAACAUCCAGACCGUACCUGAGUUGGGCAAUGAGUACAUCUCUAGCCUCAUAGUGCCUUUAAUUGGCGAUGCCAGCUACAAAAUCUUUCCGCAAUCGGUUCUGAUGCGCGAUAAUGAGGAGAUGCUCAUCCGUAAGCAUUUUCUCAUUUCUCAGGAUGAAGAUGCUGGCAUUGAGCCGCUCAAGCUUAGCGAGCUCGACGACAAUGUCCCUCUAUUGCUAGUCAAUCCACAAACUGAGACUGGUGACCGUACUGCUGGUGAUCUCAAGCCUCUGACUAGCGAUGGAAUCGGUGAACUUAAGAUUUCGCAACCUUUGGACGUGCAACCUGAUGCCGUGCUUAAAUCUGACGGCAUCUUACCGACACUUUUGUCAAUGUCAUCACCACCAUCAGAGAUGCAACAAAUGGAAACCUUGGUCAAGAAGGAGCAGCAGCGUUCGUUGCUGAUACCGCGCGGAAUCCUGCCUGCAACCGAGGGUCAGUGUGCAUCGAUAUCUUCACAGCCACCGCCAUUGGCUGUGUCCAAGCAGCGUGCGUCACGUGCAGAAGUCAAGCAGCCAAUGAAACGCAUAUCGACUUCACCGCCGCCCCUGGCGCCAAUUACAAAGAUCAUACCAACAGCGACUGCGACUGCAACACCGACUGUGACGGACUUUGAGGGGGUCGCUCAGAGUCGCAUGAAUCUGCGACAAGCACUGCGGCGUGCUCGCAAGACUAAACAGCAACCGCGCAAAUGUGAUGAGGAGGAUGCUCUGGAAUUGCCCAGUGAUAAGGGAACUGAGCAACCGCCGCCACAGCUUAACAGUAUGGCCAACAAAAGCAAAGCUGGUAAAGUGAUGGAAUCAGCUGGUGCUGGAGCAGCUCCAACUGCUGCACCAACAGCAAUGAUAGCCAAGAAGUCAGCGCAGCAAGCACCAAGUAAACAGUACAAAACGCGUAAUGCGUAUGGAGCAGGACGAAAGACGACUUCACCGCCACCACUAUCAGUGGCACCACAGCAGGCAUCGACUUCGGCAACGGCAGCAGCAGCAGCUGCAUCAUCCGCCACCAGAGGCUCUUCGGGCUCGUCUGGGUCCUCAGAUGAUUUACAUCAGGAGCUAGAGUUGGAGCAGCAACGUCUGUGUGCCUCGGCGGCGCAGUGGCGUGAUGAGCCGCGUGAGACGCGGGUGCUGGCAACCGAAUAUGGACAGGAGCAAUUCCUAGGCCUCUUUGGACUCUAUACACAUGACAUGGUCAAAAAAUUGUGCCAGCGCCAUUCGAAACGCAAGCGUCGAACCGUACAGAAUGCAAGCGGCGUGGACUUUCACUAUGGUCAACAGCUGGCCGCCAUCGAUGCAGUGCGUCAAAAGAAGAUAAAGGACAAGCCAGAAUUUCUCUUAUCGCCCAAGGAGAAGCGUCUGCAGGCCAAGAAAGCGCAUAAAGCAAACGCCGUUGCUAACGCUGCUGCUGCAGCUGCCAACCGCAAGAGCAAAAGUAAAACGCCUGAAAAACUGGAAGAACAUCUGGGCAACGGUCAGACGGAAGUCGGCAAACAGAAGUGCAAGGAGUGCCGAAAACGUGCGGACAAUUUACUGAUGUGCCAGAGCUGUCAGGGUUACUAUCAUAUGGACUGCCACGAGGAUGUCAAGGGAAAGACUCAGUCUCCGGUGCAGACGCAGAUUCAGACACAGCUGACUAGCCGUUGUCCACAGUGCAAGCGCGACUGGACGUCGACGGCCAGGGCUAAAUGUUUUUCUUAAUAGUUGCUAAGAAUUGUUUUACAUAUGUAUAUCAAAAUUGGCGAUGGAUUUUUUUUGUGCGCUGUCACGCAGUUUGUUGUACAGUCUAUUCUGAUCGUUGUAUUCUCCAUAUGUUUGUACAUAUAUUUCUAUAAUUUUUCUUUUGCUUCAACCUCCAAAAUUAUCCGGUCGAAAUUUCCAAUGAAACAUUUUUAUUUUUUCAACAAAGCACCAAAUAUUACAUAAAAAUCCUAUGUAUUUUAUAUUUGUGCCCAUACUUUCUUUUUUUUAAUUUUGAAGUCUUUAGCGCCUGUUUUUUUAAUUCCACACAGAAUAAGCAAGCGGAACAAUCGUUAUUUUAUGCUCUUGCAGACAGAAUUAUUUUUUUAUAAUUUAAUAUAUACAUAUGUAUAUUUUUUUUUUGUCUGUCUGUUGUCAAUGGGGUCAAUGAGAAAAUGUUAUUCAAUAAUAAUUUAAAAACCUCUUACAGUUUAAUCUGCUGGCUGUACCAUAUAAUAGCUGCCAUAUACGAUCUGCAGGAGUACUAAAAUUUUCGGUAAACCGAAAAUAGAUGUUCUUUAAUGUUUAAUUGAAUAAAUUGUAAUACUACACAU